UGGAAAACCAUUUUUCAAGUCUAUCUGUUGAGGCAAAUGUAUUCUGUCUGCAGUCACCUAAUAUUUAAUAUUAUCCACAUGGGUGAAAAAUAUCCUCAAACAGCCUGUCCCUAUUAUGUUUGAGUGUCCCAUGGGGUAGGCUAGGUUUUUCAGAUUCUAUGCAAAUUUACAGCAUAACUUGGUCCUUAUACAGCGCAACAGUGAAUGUCCCCUUUUUGAACUGCUCUGGUUCUGGAAGUUCAUUUCCCAUCCAUGUUCUCCAUUGACUUUCAGAAAAUAAUUUUACAAAUUUUCCUUCCUUGGGUAGCCAAACUUGUUGUCUACGCCUCAUCCAAGUUACUCAGUCAAUGAGAGGCAGAGUAGGGCGGGUCACGACUUCGCCCUUUGUCUGCUAAACUUGUUUGCUGCGAGCCACACUUCCAGGCAGCAUGGAGAACACAAACACUGUAAGCAACUUUUUUUUUUUAAAGUAAUUAAGCAAAUGAUAAGGUUAGCUUGUCAACCUAAAGAGUAAGUGAUUCUACUGUUUCAGCUGGAAUUCGAACUCUGAGAUAAAAACAUUUUUAUUUUGGGUUGGGAGUUUGAGGAAAGAGGGGGGCGUGUAAUCCCCAUGGUUACGACCCAUGAAAACGAACAAGCAAAGUUGUAUGUAAAAUGAGGCCCCCACACCAUAGUUUAAUGCAAUAUACAUACAAUAUAACGAUAUAGUGGGAAGCCUAACCUUCACUCGGACACGGAUCUGAAAUGAAUUGCUGCUUAGACGGCGCUUCACCAUACACACACACCGUAACGUUAUACUAUAAGGGUCCGAAAGCUCAAUCUUCUCUCGGAAGCCAUGUCUACACACGGUGUCCUUUGUGUUUCAGGGAGAAUGGCAAGAAAAAACAUAGGAUUUGAACUUUUUCCCUAAAUUUGGAACUUAUUUCAUUCACAGAGAUAAAAAGGCAUAGAUUACUAUGUCGACGAUCAUAGAAAAACUAAUUAACACGUCAGGUUUUAGUUAGCCAUUACGGUUCUCCAUUGACCUGCACGGCCGAUACAAGAGUUUGUAUCUAACCCAUGCCGUGUUGUCUGUAGGGCUGGUUAGAUUAACCGCUAAUUGUUAUGAACAAGGUUGAACAAGUCUGUGUUCUUCUUUCUAAACUUAACUGAGUAUUGAUAUCAGGAGAAUUACUUAUUUAAUUGAAAUGUUUGAUGCUUCAUAUAGUAGGUCUGAAAAUCCCUGACAAUCUUUUAUGUGUAACUUAAACAGAAUUUGUUUAGAAAAUGGGAAGGGACCUGGGCACCGUGCAUCACUAAUUGUCGUUAUUUUCCGUAAAAAAAAAUCCCCUUUUUGAGCCAUCAGCAGUUUGCAAGCCUGCAAUUAAAAGGGGAAUGCAUAUAAUGGGUCAUUUUUCAAUAUUUUGAUUUUGGGAAAUGUGAUUAUCAAUAUGCUUAUAUAUUUUUAAACAUAUCCAACACCCCCACUGUUCAGUGAGUCGAAAUUGCAACACUGCAGUGUCCAAUUAAAUUAGUCAAUUUAAUAUUAACUCUUUAACCAAUUUCUUUACCAACUCUGGCUUUGAAAGCUACCUUUGACCUCAACUUUGAUUUUUCUUUGACUUCUAGUAAAACACAAGGUAUCAGCUUUAGGUUUGGCAUUUUAUCCCUUACCCUCAAAACAACACAUCUGCUGCGGAGAUGGUGCAGAGGGUGGCUGUGGUUGGAGCGGGUCCCUCUGGGCUGACCAGCAUAAAGGCCUGUCUGGACGAGGGUCUGGAUCCCACCUGCUUUGAGAGCAGCAAUGACAUCGGCGGCCUGUGGAGAUUUAAGGAACAGCCAGAGCCUGGCAGAGCCAACAUCUACCACUCUGUGGUGCUCAACAGCUCCAAAGAGAUGAUGUCAUUCAGCGACUUCCCCAGCCCUGCGGACUUCCCCAACAACAUGCACCAUUCUGAGGUGCUUCUGUACCUGCGGCUCUACACCCAGGCCUUCAAGCUGCUGCCACAUAUACACUUCCAGAAAACAGUGGUGAGUGUGAGGCAGAGGCCAGACUUUCCUGUGACAGGCCAGUGGGAGAUAGAAACAGAGGAGAAACCAGGGCAGAGGGAAACUCAUGUCUUCGAUGCUGUGAUUGUCGGCUCUGGGCAUUUCACAAAGCCUCAUCUACCACUUCACGACUUCCCAGGCAUUGAGAGAUUUGAUGGGAAAUACUUCCACAGUUGGGAAUAUCGCAAUGCUGACAGUCUGCAAGGGAAAAGAGUGGUCGUGAUUGGGAUUGGAAAUUCUGGCGGCGAUAUUGCAGUCGACAUAAGUAGAGUUGCAGAAAAGGUGUAUCUCAGCUCCAGAAGUGGGGCGUGGCUGGUCGGCCGUGUGGCGGAAGGGGGGCUCCCUUGUGACCUGGUGGGCACUUCACGCUUCGACCUAGCGCUAGCGGGCUUACUGCCUACAUGGAGCGCUAAGGCGUUUGAGACCAAGCUGAACCGGGCGUUUAACCACAGCCUCUAUGGCCUCCAGCCUCAACACGGGUAACCAGUGCAAAGAAGAGCUAGACGCUAAGAGCUUCCACAGGUCCAUCUCUAAAUUCAUUCCUAGGCAUUCUGAUCUCAAGAGGGAAUGCCUGGAACUUAAAAUGUUGGUUAUUUUUGAGAGAGAGAGAGGGCAGGUCUUUUGAGCAUGCUUCGGAAGGAGGGAUUUCCGUUUCAGUUCCAUGGGUUUUGCGGCACAAGGCGAGAAAGUGACAAUCGUUUCCAUCACAGUUUUUUCCAUAUUUAUUCCCUCUUCUCUUUAUUUUAUAUUCUUGUUGUUGUUCUU